AUGUUCUACUCGCAGCUCAUCUUGGCCAGGAAAGGGCCUCUGGGCAAGAUCUGGCUCGCUGCGCACUGGGACAAGAAGCUCAACAAGCACCAGAUCUUCACGUCCGACAUCCACAGCUCCGUCCAAUGUAUCGUCCAUCCCCAAGUCCCUCUCGCGCUGCGUGUGUCGGGCCACUUGCUGCUGGGCGUCGUGCGCAUUUACUCACGCAAAGUCAAGUACUUGUACUCGGACUGCAGCGACGCGUUGGUCAAGAUGAAACUGGCCUUCCGUCCAGGCGCAGUGGACUUGCCUGCGACGACGCAACAGGCGGCGCCGCAUACGAUCAAUGUGGCCCACUUUGGUGAAUUUGAGGCGGAAGUGACGUAUUCGAUUGAGGCGAUUGCUGUGCCGACGUUGGACGAAUGGAUGGCUGCGUCGAGUCAGACGAUGGCGAGGCGUCGGGAUAUUACGCUGGCUGAUCCGCUGGAUCGAAGCAGCUUAGAGAGAGAUGCUAUUUCGAUGGAAGAUUCGUUUGGGGGUGGCGAUGGAAGUGAUUGGCAGGCGUUUGAUCUAGAUGACAAUUUUGGGAGCUUCGGACUCGACGCGAGUGCUGUCAGUGACAUUGAGAUCGCACGUGAAGCCGAUGCCCCCAUGUUGCCGCUGGAUGACUCUGGACUUUUAGAUGUCAGAGACAAGUCGUUGGACCGAAGCUCUGUCGUGGUAGAAGAAGAGAUGCCGGGAUUUGGACUCCAUGACGCGUCGUUUGAGAUGCCUGCCGACGCUAAAAUGGAGAUUGGUGAUCCGCUUGACGAUCCGGCGAACCUUAGUGGCAGGACUAUUGAUAUUAGCACGGAUAUCCCGGGAAGCAUCGAUGGCUCGACGCGUGCGUCGCUGGAUGCUGCAUUGGUCAAUGCGCAAGUGGAGACGAGCAGGCUUAAGAAGAAGCGGAAAAUUGCUCGUGACAGCGUCACGGAGCUGACGUCGACAUACUUGAAACAGGGAAUGGUGGAUACAUCCGACAUCACCCGUACGCGAGAAAUUACGUAUCGGAAGACUGCAGAAAAUAAGAGCGACUUUGACGUGCAUAUAGGCGCGGAUAUAUUUGCUCGUCCGUGCAUGGUCGACAUGUCGGACAAAUUGCUGAGUAUGUUCAAGUAUACUAUGAAGAAGCGAAAGUUCCCGUUUGCUUCCGAACAGAAAGAGAGUAACCAGACCGAUGAUAUCGAGCUGACUCGACGCAUGAGCUCGACCUCACGCAUGAGUUCGAACUCGACUGGUUUGGAUGUGACGAUGGGUUCGUGCGAUGGCUCAAUGCUGCAUGAUAUCGAGGAGGAAAACCGGUUCGAGUUUGCUGACAUGGGCCCAGCCGAACCUGAACGUCUCGACGAGGGUUUUCCAGACUACGACAUCGGGGCACCAUUCGAGCCACAAGACCAGGAUCUGGAAGAUUUGAACGUGGAUAUCGAGCUAGGCGCUGUGAACGACAUCCGAAGCGACGCGCAGGACGGUGCUGCCCUUGAUCAUACAGAUGCUUCGACGGCUCAGCACAAGUGGCAUCCACACACUGUAAAGGUGAUGAAGGUGCUGCGGCAGUCGCUCCACGACAAAGAGGAGGUUACGUACAAGCAGCUAACGAAAAAGACCCAAGACCGACGAACAGCUGCCGCGCUGUUCUUUGAGCUCCUACAGCUAAAGACUCUCGACUAUGUGGACGUGGAGCAAGCUGCGCCUUACGCCGAUAUCAAGGUCUCGAAGGCUGCUCGGUUCUCAGAGCACAUCCCGGCGGUGGAUCGUAUUACUAGCUGA